UCGACCCCUAAUUAUAAACGGGCUCAACACCGCCAAGGCCCAGAUCAAGAUUGACAUUUUGUAGUCCAGUUUAGAUUCAGUCACCAGAUUGAUUUUACAAGUGCAAAGUGAAAAAAUGGAAUUAGGGCAAAGAAGAGGCGGACGAGCACUCAAUCCGGGUCGGGUACAACCCGGACCUCCCUACAACUCUCGUCCUUCUAAACCCUUUUCUCACCAACCCAUCGAUCGUGAAAAGACAUGUCCGCUCUUGCUUCGAGUUUUCACAAAGGUUGGCGCUCAUCAUACUGAUGAUGAGUUUUCAGUGAGAGGGAAAGAGCCCAAAGACGAGGUCCAAAUUUAUACAUGGAAGGAUGCUACACUCCGUGAGCUGACUGAUCUAGUGAAAGAGGUAGCUCCAGAGGCCAAUAAAAAGGGCGCAACACUGUCCUUUGCUUUUGUUUAUCCUUGUAAAACUGGCCGUCUUUUAGUCAGACAGGUGGGAAGAACCUUCUCAAAUCCAGAUCCAAGAAGACCAGACAAUGGUAACAUGUCACUGAGAGACUAUGACUUUGAGAUUGGAGAUUACCUGGAUGUUGCAAUUCUGUAAAUCGGAUCUUCUUGUGCUUAGCAUCCCCCCGCCUCUGGACACCUAUUAGGUAGAACACUGAAGUUUUACAUGGCAGUGCUAGAUUUCCAUGGUCACGUUUUAAUUGUUGAUAGUGCACCUAACAAUGACAGUGAUAAUUAAGAAAACACUUCUGCAGUGUGUAUCUGAUGCUUACUUUCUUAUGUAUUAACUUCUUUAAUUAAA